CUUUGUUCGUUUCAUUAUUGAAUCAACGCUUAAGUUAAGGAAGCUAACUUAAAAAGUUUGAAAAUUGAAUUACCAGUGAAACUAGAGUUCCUAUCAAGACAGGUAUGCGACAAUUACCAGUGUGCAAAGCACGAGUACUGAAGACGCUGUUGUUCCUGCUGCUCGUAGCGACUCUUGGCAUGUACGGGAUGAUUGAGAUAAUGUUCAACAUGACCGGCCACCAAUACUGGCCCACAUUCUCCAUUGGAACUUGGCGUUCUCAAGAAAAUAACGUAAAGGCUACAUUUCAAAAUCACAGAACACUGGUUGACGUGAAGGAGGGCGUUAAAUCAAGCCGGGAACAUAGAAGUAACAAUAACUCAGUAAAACAUUCAAUAUUAUGGUACAAGAAACCAGACUGGAUUGGGCUUGAUCGCGCCAACGAGGCGAUUUCUAGAGUAUGCUCCUAUCAAAACUGCUUCAUGACUGACGAUGACACAGGUAACAUCCAAAACCAUUCCGCCAUUGUGUUUACGAUGACUCAACCAAAUAUGUUUUCGCCUCCAAUCCAAAGAGUCGACACACGACCUGAUCAAGUAUGGAUAUUUUUCGGGUUAGAAUCGCCAAUAAAUCACAAACUUAAUGGUUAUAGACAUAAAAGCUGGUCGAACACGAUGAAUUGGUCCAUGUCCUAUCGCACUGAUUCAGACAUCUUCUUCCCCUAUGGUAUGCUGGAAACAUUACAACCAGGUGUCAAGCCGGUUCAACCGAGUGUUUUUAGAAGGAAAACCAAGCAUGCCGCAUGGAUUGUGAGCCACUGUAGGGCGGAUAGUAUGAGGGACGAAUACGUACAGGAAAUGAUCGAUUACGGUUUGAAGGUUGAUAUUUUCGGACGCUGCUCGGGAAGUGAAAAUAUUGACGUUUCUCAAAGAGCAAUCGAAAUGGACUACAAAUUCUAUCUGAGCUUCGAAAACAGCCUUUGUACGGACUAUAUUACGGAGAAAUUCUUCCGCUACUUUCAAUGGGAAAUAGUUCUUGUUACGCGAGGCGGUGCAAACUACAGUCGUCUGCUACCCGAAAACACUUUCAUUGACACCGCGCGGUUUCAAUCCGCGAAAGAGUUAGUAGUGUAUCUAUUACAAAUAGCAGAUUCCGAAGACAAAUACUUAAAUUAUUUAAACGAGAAGUCAAAAUAUUUAUCGCCUAAUCCCUGGGCUCCAUCGCCUUAUUGUAGCAUUUGUGAAAAACUAAAUAGGCUGGAAGAAAACCGAAAAUCGUAUUCUGAUCACGUGACUUAUAUUCAUGAAGUCAUGUGCUGGGCACCAAACGAUCUUUCUAAAUUCCACAUGUCAAUUACCAUGUAUAUACUGCUAGGAUGUUUUACUAUCAUUUGUAUCCUCGGAUGUGUAUGGAAAUGGUGUAAAUAUUAAAAACAAUACUAACUUCAUUUUGUCUUUUGUUUCGGUGUAGCUGUCUUAUCUAGCUUUUGACCUUUUCCAAUAAAAAAAAUGAGAACCUUUUCCGCCAGUUAUAAAUAAAUGAAAAAAUUUGUUAUUUGUGAACAACUGCGCAAAAAGGAAAACGUUCAAACUACAACAUUUUGACUUUUUAA